GUUCACAUCGUACAACCAUCCGCGAAAGUACCGUUUUUCACGGCACUCUCGAAACUCGUUACACCACUACCAUUACACACACACACACCUACGCAUACAUUCAACCAUUGUACAUAUUCUAACAGGAGCAUACGCACGCUCACAAGCGCGUUGGUCUCGAAAAACAGCUCCCCAUCGCAGGACACAGUAUAAUAAAAUAUUUUCCCGUGCGUUUGUGAAGAUAUCCUCUUCAAUUGGAUUUGACGUGAGAAAAAUUGAGUUCAGUGAAAACGUUCCAAAGUACGGUUCAAUAGUGUCUGACAAAAAAUGAAUAAGGAUUAUGGUGAAAAGGAUGCAUUCCAAAGUGUAGUCCAGUCAGCAGCAUAAUGUUUAAAGUAAUGGAAAAAACUGUGACAUGAUUACUGUUGAAUCAAAUAAAAAAGAGUGAAAAGAUCGAAAGUUACCAUUACAGUGUGAUGAAAGACCGAUUGCAGGAGUGAAUCUGACACGGCUCCCUGUCCACUAACAAGCCUCUUCCUCCGAACGUUAAUGGUUAUUAAAUGAGCCUGUUGCGUUCCGGCAAUGUUUGUACAGCUGUAAGUCAUCAAAGAUGAUAGUGAGUUUUUUCCCCGACCACAUAUGGGGAGGUUGUACAGCAAAAAGUCACCAGCAGAAGAAUCAACUGUACCAUCGGAUCAUCUACGCCCUCAUUAGCGACAGGUACAUCAAGAACCGAAGGCUGCGGAAGUCAUCCUUUGCGCUGCUGUAUCUGUCAUACGUGUUUAUCAAAAUGCUUCCAAUGACACUGGCCAUCGAAACCAACACCGGCCUCAAAUCGGCGACGGCCCUAAGCGUUCGAUCACGCACGCUGCCGGAAAUGGUAGCGCCGCAUCUGGAGGAAGACGACGACGACUACAUCGACGAGGACAUCGACGAAUACGACAUCGUCAACAACAAGUCAGCAAAAGGAAUGUACGUCGGAGCCCAGUGCGAGUUCACGUGCCACGCCAAACUGCACCACGUGUACUGUGAUCCCUCUACCAACAUGUGCAGCUGCGAAAAAGAUUACCUAGUACUGAUCGGAAUAUUAAGAGGAUGUGCCAAGCCCAAAAAGUUAGGGGAACAAUGUUUCUACGAUCAGACCUGCAUCUACAACGACGAGCACGCUCUCUGCGUGCAAAUCAGUCACAACGCCAUCUGCCAGUGUGCUCCCGGUUUCCACUCCGUCAGCUAUUCCAAGCCAACCAAGCGUGUCUUCUGCACCCAAGAUUUGGCUGUAAUAACUGCGGAUCUUCCAACACUAUUUGGUGUCACCAGUGGCAUUGCCGUGCUAGCCGGUCUCAUUUGCAUGGUGCUGCAUUUAUUUAGCAAAACGAAAUACCCUCGACCUCGACAUUUCGGCGAUGCCAACCUUGCGCCUCCAAUUUUGUACAAUAGUGAUACAGGGAUUCCAUUGACAAUACAGUCGGCAAGACCAUCAUCGCGUUCCAGCCAACGAUCUAGCGGCUCCAUCGGUUCCUAUGGCAAUCGACGGCCGUCGAGUGCUCCCUUGCACGGCUCCAAAGGGGUCUUGGUGUCAACCUCGCGUACAGGUUCCCGAAGACCAAGUCUAGCUUCGAUUCACAGCACUACGUCGUCGGUUCGGAGUUACAGCAUGCGACGGUUCGAGCAGGAAAUCCAGCAGAAAGAACUGCGACAGGAGAUGAAGAAGCACCUGGUACGAUUGCAGGAGCAGCAGCAGCUACAGAAAAUUAAACCCAAUAUUAUCAUUGGUGAUGUGAUAUCCUGCCCAAUGAAUAAGCCCAUUCUGACAACCCCCAGCCCUAUGACGCCGAACUCGAUCGAUGAUCUGCUGCCGUCGGUCGACGAAACACAGGAGUUUUCUCCUAUCAUAAGCCAGAGAUCUGUUAGUGAGAGUACAUGCGAUGGUUACGAUGGCCCGUGUAGCUCAACUGAAUUAUUGAAAUAAUGAAAACCCCCGAUGUAAGCGAUACAAAUCUAGAUUACCGUGAUGGAUACUACAAGAAGGGUUAGCAUCAUUGUUAAAUAGAAGUUUUAUGGAAUUUUUAGAUAAGUUACAAGCCUACAAAUACGACAUUUAUAUAGUGUAAUUACUGAAUAGUCGAAAACAAAACAAAAACAAAAACGAAGAUAGAGUAUGGAGCAAAUGACGAAGAGCUGCAGCGAUACUGCUGGUUAGAAUAAUAAAUCUAACGAUAGACCAAUCAAAACUAUAAAAAGAAAACCGCAACCAGGAAAACAGCAUGUGAAUCGAAUCGAUUUAGCACUCGUUCCCUGUAAUUAAUUCAAACAGUAGAGUCUGUUGACUGAUAGAGCAACUCUAGUAAAGUCUAAUUUCAAAAAGUUCCAGCAGAGUAUAUCUAACAAAAAAAAACCGCAAACAGAUUCACAACACAAGACGCGCCUAAUAGAAGCUCGAAAGCUGCAGUAUUGUAUCAAACCACUUAAUAAGCAAUAUUCAUUAGCAUUCCAACACAAAAGCUCAAUCGGUUGAUAGUCAGCAGUCGUGCUACUUCGACUUAGUUUAGUCAGAUCGAAUUGGUAACAGGAAUUGGUUCAAAAGAACAUCACUACAGGUGCAGAAAAAUGUGUAAUCCAACUUUCAUCACCUAAUAUUCGUGUUCAAGUUGUUUAGCAGGAGCGUAAAAUUGAUUUCUGCACAUUGCAAGUCCCUAGAGUCGUUGAAUCAGUAACACAAUUUGCUACCAGAAUUUAUGCUGAUCACUGUAACAAGUUAUUCGCAAUGAUUAGAGCUCUGUUUAAAUCGUUGUUGAAACGUAGCAUUUCUACCUGUAAACGUUCUGGUGUUCGAACCUCAAACAAAACGACAUACCGGAAGCCAUAUAGCUUAUUUGUUCUACUGAUAAAAUUUGAUGAGAACGAAAGAUUACUCCAUUCUCUAUUUUUAUUGUUUCUUGUAAUAAUUCUUUGCACUUAAGUACAGCUUGAGAUUUGACGCAUCGAGUCUAACAGGAAUAUGUUAUAUUUGUUAUUCAAUUAGUCAAAGGUCAUCAUUUAAAAAAACACACCAGAAGGCAAUCAAAUUUCGAUUACAAUCCACUUUCACACUGGAGCUCAAUUUCUUUUCUUUUUAUUCUAAAAAUUAGAAUUUUUGUCUACUGCUUUGUAACUAAAGAAAAAAAUUAAUGAACAUUUGAGAAAGAUUCGUAACCACCUUUCCGACAAAGUUUUUUCAUGGUGCCAGAACACAAGCGUUGUACGGCUUUCAUGUCGACUUUUCGAAUGCAUCUCUUGAUUAUAUCAAUCAGGGUUUGCAGUUGGGUUCCUCCCCGAAGAACCUAAAAUCCUGAAGAAAUCUUCGAAUAUUUUUUUUUGUCGUAAUGUGAUGAUGCUUUAUCUGGCCAAAACAUAUACCUUCCAUCAGCAUGGUGUUUUUGAAGAAACAGAAUCAAGGUUUUCUUCAAACAUUUGUUCUGGUACACAUCUUGAUUAACAGCCAAACCACUGGACUUGAACCAUGAUAUAGACAAGAAAAACGAGACGUUGUCGAGCUUUGCAGGAAAUUAUACACUGUAGAAACCGGAAGAUUUUCGCCACAAAAAAAAUCCAAAAUAUUAGUUCUCACCCGUUAUUUUAGGAAUAAUACAACAAAAUAUGCGCAGAUAAUGCGCAGAUAUUUGAUAUUGAAUUUAUGUUUAGAUUAAUUAUAAAAACUAUCUGCUUUACCUUAGGAACUUUGUUUUCGCUACUAUCAACCCAACUCGGGAGCCAGCAUUUUCUAUCCUGCAAGAGUUUUUAUUUAGACAAUCUCCACUCUAGCAAAAAUCUUUUUUUGUUAUGCCGUCUCUACCUUCCAAAAGCCUUUUUUCGCCAUUGCGAGUUAGCUGUUAUGUAUUCGGCAAUUUUUACACCUUGAUAACACUUGAUAUAAAAUGUUAAUUUCUAAAACAUUGAUGAGAGAGUAAACUAAAUCAAUGACUAUCAUAACAUAAAAACAUAAAAACAUAAAAAAACAUAAAAGAAAUACAGUGGUUCGGCACGCUCACAUCACUCACUCUCGCCGCGGGUUGCGUUGUAGUAGAGAUAUGAGUGCGGGAGAGUAUUGAAAAGAGCGCAUAGGUAAGAACAACGUUAAAGAUGAAGUGUUUUCUUGCUUUCUUCAGCGAUACCGCUUACCGGGCAACGCACGUGCUGUUUGAAGAAAUAGUAGCGUACUUUAACUAACACGCUGAAGAAUCCUGAGUGAGAAUUCCCAGGAUACCUAUAACUAGGUGACGGAAUCGCAAGAGGAAUCGAUUCUGCGAUACGGACAGAAUCUAUGCGAAUCGCAUAUAGGAAAUCUCUUAAAGAUUCCUCAAGAAUCCAAAAGAAUCGUUUUUACGAUCGGACAGAAUCUGUGCGAAUCGCAUAUAGAAAACCUUUAUUGAUUCGUCAGGAAUCCAAAUGUAAGAAUCCUUAGUUUACUUUAUGGUAAAUCCGAGAACAACAUUAGAAUUGUUGUUUAUCGCAUGACAUAAACAGUAAGGAACCAAUGGAAAUCGACUUUCCGAAUUAUGUUUAGUGUCAGGUACCAAAAGUUUCGUCUUCUAGAAAAAAGUCUCCAUGAACAUUCCAGCUCCAUCGUGCAGCAGCCUUCUUCUCGUUUAGUCACAAAAUUGUAUUCCCACAGGCAGACAUUCGUGGCUACUUUCUGUUGCAUAGUCUGAAAUAGUAUAUUUUCUAUAGUGCUAAAGUUUUCUUUUCUGAUAACUAUAGGUGAUAGGAAAAAAUCGCGAAAAAGUUGUUGGCCUAAGCUGAAACUAAAAGCCUACAGACCACCCCCCACUCCCCACUCCUUUUGCUACAUCACUGCCUGGAGUAAUUUCAUGAAUUUUGAUGCCAAUGUUGAUAAUAGUUCGUCUGAUCAGAACAUGGUCCCGAAGAUCCGGAUUCACAGGAACCAGAUGUGAUCCCAGGUUCCUGGCAGUCUCGGAUGCUAAAAACAAAAAAAAAAUGUCCAAACUUUGGAUGGGCCAAGAUGCAAAAUUGGAAAAGUUAUGGGUUUUAGCUGGCUGAGUUGAGGUUAACCUUGUUUUUUUUUUUUUUUUUGAAGAAAUAAACCUGGGUCCCGGGUCCCGAGCACAUAACGGUUAAACUAGGGAUCAAAUUCCUUUUUUUGCCUUCUCAGUCAUUAGUACGUAUUUGGACUUAUUGCGCUACAUUUCGAAUUUGUUAUCUUUUCUGGCCAUUUAAAGUGAGGCUUAGAGCUCAGUUUAGGAUGAUUUCCUUGUAUCUCUUACGGCCUUCAAAAGCAUUUUUCCGCCAUUCUGAGUUAAUUUUUAAUAAGUUUUCUUUUUUGGCCUUUUGUCAACAAUUUUUUGGUUUUGCUAUUAGGUGCGCAACUAAGAUCUUGCCUGUUUUUUUAAAAUAAAAAUGCAACUUUAUUAAAAAAAAAACACUAACCUAUUCAUCAUUACCCAUCGCUACAGGUUGAAAACCGUUACGAUAAAAGUGUUUAUCAAUUUUCGAUGUCUUCAUAUGAGAAUAACUGUUGAUCAGCCAGGCCGUUUGCCAUCGAACCCUCAGGAGUAUGUCAAAAUCUGAGGAAUAUGGCCUCUUUAGUUCCCUAGUGAUAGUUUCAUUAGGUUUCAAGAGCUUAUAAUAAAUAACAUCGACUUGGUCCCACCAAACUUUAAGUGCGUGAUAUUCGGCCGAGCCAAAACUCAGAAGCAUGGCCGGGUAAUCCCCAUGUAUUUUUUUUUUAGGAUUAAUGGAUAUAAUAAUAAAUCCAUUUUUUUGUCGCCCGUCACAAUGCGAUGAAGAAAACUCCUCCUUUUUUGCUGCUUGAGCAGCCGAUUGCCGAUGAAAAAACGAAGCUCAACGUUUCUUGGCUUCAAAUCAUAAGAAACCCAAGUUUCUUGUUUUAACGUUUUCAAAGCGACAGAACGGACGUUGUAUCAGUUAGAGCAGCAUUUCCGUAAACUUUUUUUCAACUCUCGAUGCGUUUCAAUCAGGGUUUUUCUUAAAUGAAAUGAGGAAAGUAACACUUCCUGCAAAUGACAAUUAUCUGGCACAAAACCUGGUAUUUUCACGCCACAAUGAAAUCACUAACGUAUCAAAGCUGCUUGAUUACCAUAUGUCUCAGGUCGGUUCAACACGUUUUAGAUAUGUUAAAAUCGGCAUGCACUCACUGCUGGCGCCAUCUAUUGACAAAUAAUGAGAACUUAGUCGCACACUCAAUAUUUGGCUGUGUUUGGCUUGUACAAGCGUUUCACCAUUUUAAGUUCAGUUUGGAUUUUAAUAUUCACUUUUUUUAAAGCUUAUGGAAAUUCUAAGCUAAGUUUGUAAUCACUUUCUUUUCAAUUCUGGUCCCUUCUGUCCUUCCAGAGUACUCUUUUCUUAGGGUGAAACUGUGUUGAAACCACAAACGGACGACUUCGAGCCACCAUUUCUAAUUUCUAGAAGCACAAGACUCGGAAAUAGUCCAUUCGUUCUCUGUGAAAACGUUAUUUCAUGUUUGAUGCACUAAGCAAACAUAAAAAAGCGUUUUUGCAGGUGACGCAUUAACUGUUUUCGAGUCUUGUGCCUUUGAAAAUUCGAAGUGGUGACUCGAAGUCGGCUAUUGGCUGUUUCUACACAGUUUCACCUCAAUCUGAGUUUGAACUGUAAAGAGUUUCCAACUUGACUUUUUUGACAAAACCCAAAUGUCAUUUCGACUAGUCGUCAUAAUCCCUUUUUCUGCUGCCUUCACAGCAGCCACCAUCCACUUUGUCUAUUCUACAGUCGGAAACUUCCUUCUGCCAUGUCGCGACCGACGGCAGUUGCUCCAUCUUGAAUGGAUGUCCGUCGAAGGCAUAAAAAUACACUUAACGGAGAGCUCAUAUAGACGAUCCGAUCAGCGCUGUCCGAUACCUACCGGACUUAAGAGAAAAUUCGAUUUAACUCUUGGUCGGUUGCUGCUGCUGGUUGAUAUUACUUCUUUCGUACCGUUUGAUGAAUGACAAGAAUACACUUGGCAGAAUGCAGCCAAGCUGGUCGUUUUUAUUUCCCUAGAGAAAAAAAAAACGUCCCCCUUCGUAAACGUAGAAACGAAAAUGAGGGAACUUUCACAAGUGUAGUAGAUCAGGAGCACAUACAACUAUACAACUUUUGCAAGCUCCGUCAUUCUCGCUUCUACGUUUACGAAGCUGGUCGUUUUCAUUGUCUUAGCGAAAAAAACGACCAGCUGCGUAAACGUAGAAGCUAGAAUGACGGAACUUACGAGAGUUGUAUGUGCUUCAUUUGCAUCAUCUCUCGAAAGAUAUUUAAGAACUAUUGUUGAUGCUUCAGCUGAUGUUUCUGAUACUGAUGCUAAUGUUUCAGAAGCCUGUUCAGAAUCUUGUAUUAUUGACCAAUCCAUGCAGUUUCAUUCGUUCUACGGGGUUUAUCUCAUUUUGAAACUUUAUAUAAUUUAUCCUACCUUAAACUUUGAAGUUGUCUCGUUAGCACAAACUAAUCACUUUAUUUAAACCUCAUGAAGUACCUAUAUGGUUUAUUGACUUUUUUUUCAACCAAAUUGAUUUCUAAACUGAUCUGUAAUUGAUGAAAUAAUAACAAUUUGAUUAAGGUAGACAAAUAUCCUUUUAGUAUGAAAAAAUCCUUGUAAGAAUUAUGAAAUAUUUUCGAUGUCACUCAGCUGACAUCAUGGCUAAUCGAAUAACAAAUAUAACAACCCAAUCUAAAAUAUAAUCCAUGAUUCAGCUUUUUUGCUUUUGUUGAAAAUUUUCUAACAAAUAUGGAACAAAUUAAAAAAAAUGAUUAACUGAGAACCAGAAAAUGUAAUUUUAAUCAUAGACUGAUAUAUUAUAUGGAGUAAAAUUAGAUCAACAUGCAACAGGUGACAGUCCGCGCGUGGAAAUUAAAGGUAAGACCAUCAAAAUCAUCCUGCAGGCUAAUUCGAACUCAAAACAAAAAUGCACAAUAAACACAGAAACGAGAUGCGAAACGAAAAAAAAUCGUUCUUUUUUUUUUAAAUAGAUAAUACAAAAGAUUGCUACUAUUCAUGAUAUAUUUAUGCUUCCCUCUAAAACAAGCUUCUCUCAACACUACAAAAAUCAUCCAUUACUUUCGACUACGAUUGUGUCCUUCAACACAAAAAUUUGGCUGAUGUAUAUAAUAACAACAAAAGUGGCUGUCAAAAAAUAUUGCAGAGUGGUAUAGCGUAUAUGCGUUACAAGAAAAUAAGUUUAGACGUAAGGAAUUUAUAUACAAACAGCAAAAAAAAACAGAAGCGAAAUCGUGCAUUUGUAUUUAGGCAUACAAUCAAUCUCAAAAAAGAUGUAUAUUCGAAAAGGCGGAAUGUACACAAAAAUUGGACGCUGUAAAUUAACUAGCAACUGUGUUAAAAUAUGUGAAUUACGUUCUCAUUGAUUGCAAUUAUUGUUCUGUUUCUAACGAAUGAACUUGUCUUGUCAUGUGAACAACGGAAAUGUAAACCAAAACCAGAGACAAAAUAAAACAAAAAAAAAAAAACAAUGUACCCGAGGCAAAAGUUGCGAUCGUUUUAGAAAUAAAGAAAACGCCGAAUGAAAUUA